AUGCCGCCUGCACGUCGUCCUCUUAGGGAAAUUCAGCAACAACAAAGUAUACAACCCAAUUUCUUGGAAAAACUAUACACUAAUAACAAGUCUGCACUUUCUGGAAUUAUACUUUUUGGAUUUGACCUUGAAUGUUUAAAAGAAAGACAGAUUAAUGACAGCCAAGUUCAAAUCCAAAAAAAUAAAUAUUUUCAUCAGCUUAAAUUCGAAUUACAAAAAAAGAGCAGACUUCAAACUUUAGCUUAUGACAUUUGUAGUAGAAUUGAAUCUACACUUGAUCUACACAAUUUUCAUAAUACAAAAUUAGACCAUGUAGAAUUAAAUAUAGAUGAAUCUCCUAUUAAAUUUCAGAAUGUUGAUUUGAAAAAAUCCAACUUACAGAUUUUAGAUUCAAUAGUUCGAGCAUGUGAUUAA